AUGAUCCGUGACUGGACCAGUCCCAACAUACACCAGUACGGUAUGGACGGGGGUCAGGAGUUUUUGGAGGACAAAUUGGCGGUCAAACGUAAUCAAUCAGCCGCGUCUAAAGGUGCAAGGAAGAUUAUUCAUAACUGUUUCACCAACAUCAAUUGCUACCUAAUGCCGGAACCUGGACCUGGUGUACGUGAGGCCGACUUUGCAGGUCGACUCAACCAAUUAAGUCCCCAAUUCAUUGAAAUUUUGGACGAGUUUUGCGCAAAGUUUUUAAACCCGGAUGAGUUGCCCGUGAAGGUGCUCAAUGGACAGCCGUUAAAGGGCCAGCAGUUUGGCCAGUAUUUUGAGAGCUGCGCCAAUAUGUUUAAUAAUAGCGAUGCAUUACCACUGGCUAGCGAUAUGCUACAGGCGCUCAAUAAGGCUUUCGAUAUCAAUCUGAUUACACAGAUUAAGGUUGAUGAAUACCUGUCAGAAAUGGUUAUCAUAUUAAGCGACAAAGAUUUCUACGAAGAAUCCGAACUCAUGUCGGAAUCGGACAAAUUGAUCGACACAUUAAAGUCGAAGUUCGAUAUCCGGAAAAAGUCGACCGACGAGACAGCUAUCCACGAGUUGACCCAAAUGCUAACGGAGUCGUUGAGCGCCUCCUAUCGGCAGAAAUGCGAUGAAAAUGAUGUCAAACGAAAGGCUGGGAUGAAUGACACGAUAACUAAGUUUGUGGAUGAGUUUGGCGAUGAGCUUAAAUGUAUAAUUAAAAGCGAUGAUUGCCUGGCUGAAAAUACACUGGAUAAGAUUAUUGACACACAAAUUGAGCAUGUUGUGAACAAGUUUAAAACAUUUUGUUCACACGACACUGACUUAUACGAUAAUUUUAAAGGCAAGCUUAAGAAUCAACUGGAAAAUCAAGCAAGUUCAUUUAAAACGGAUAACAAGAGGCGUAUUCAAGAUUUAAAAAAGGAGUACGAUGAUAACUUGGCACUAUUAAAAAUUGAAUAUGAGCAGAGCAUGAGCAAUUUAUUUGCCGAGCCAACCAAAUACUACGAGCACGAUGAACUGGAUCACUUAAGCGUUACCUAUCAGAAUGACCUACUAUCAAAAAUUAACGUCAACACAGAUCAUGAAAAUAUAAUCUCGUUUCAAAAUUAUAUCCAAUCGUUUGACACAUACAUAGCUAGCAAACUACAAGAUUACCAAGAUAAAAACCAGACCAGACGUGCAAUGGCUGAUAUCGAGGCAACUAAACUCAUUGAUGAGCUUGGUGAUAACUACGAAGUUGAGCUCGAUCAUUUGAUACGACUGGGCAGUUGUGAUACUGUAGUCGAGUUUAAGGUCAGGGCUCAACAAAUCCAAACCGCAAUUGUUAAUGAGCACCGGGAUAAGCACCGGUACUCCAAGGGCACCGGUAUCCCACAUUUGAAUCUUCGAAAAUUAAAUGAAAAGUUUGUCGAAACUCUUGAGGACUGUAUUGACGUUUUUAAUCGAAAUCAAGUGACUAUGGAGUCGAAUACCCAGGGGCUCAUGGAACGGGUGAUUAGGCGUUACCGGGAUAAAAUGAAUAGUUACCUUGAUGCUAAUGGAUUUGUUAGAGGUGAGCGACUCCAGGUUCAUCAUGAAGAAUUAUGUCAGCAAGUUAUCAAGCAUUUUGAUACUGAAAAAGGACAUUUAACCAAUGACAAAUUUACGAGAAUGGUUAUGGACAAAUUAAACCUGGUGUUCAAAAGUGUGCAAGAGGAAAAUGAUAAAAACACGCCUACAUUACCGGCUAUUGGAAUUGAUUUAGGUACGACUAAUAGUUGCGUGGCGUACUACCACCCGGACGGACGAUUGGGCAAGGUCAUUGUACUGGAAAAUCGUGGCAAAUUCACCACACCCUCGGUGGUCGAGUUCGGUGACACUCAACCAGUAGUGGGAGAUUCAGCCAAAAACAAUAUACUAAACAAUCCGCGAAACAUAAUCUAUUCGGUGAAGCGACUAAUCGGACGCAAGUUUAGCAGCGCUGAGGUCACUGGCGAUCGGAAACACUGGCCCUUCCGGGUGGUGGACAUGGAUGGCGACGAACCGGGCGUUGAGGUGGAGGUUAACGGCAAAAGUGAGCGCUUUUAUCCCGAGGACGUGUCCGCCCAAGUGCUCAAAAAGAUGAAAGAAAUAGCCUGCGCCCCCUCAUCGGUGUCUUUGUCGAUGUAA